GGCUUUCUCACCGGAGCUCGGUUCUUCACCUUUGCCAUCAUGAUUGUCUCCCCCUUGAUUGCUAUGUGGAACGAUCCCUGGUCAAAUGAGCUGCCUGUGAUACACCAUCCAACUGUAGAGGAUAUGGUCCGUAGCAUGGACGUUCCUGUUUAUGUACUGGGGAGAGUUCAAUCGUCUCCAUCGGAUUCUAAGGCAGACUCCGUCCCUAGAGGCAGUAUGUACUCGAGCACCAUCAGUGACAUAUCUGAAUACCGGGGCACAUGCAAGAGGAGUAUACCUCGAACGUCGAGUUUCUUCUUUUUGUCCUGAUGUAUAUUCAACCUGUUACCAUCACCAUUACCUUCUACUGCCGACGCCAGUUGCUAUUCAUACGCGCCCGGAAUCUUCCCGUGACAGGCACAACCACAAAGUUCUAGAAA